AUGGGCAUAGUGGUCAUAGGUGCAAGAGAGCUCUCCUUGACCCCCACCAACUAUAGCACUCAGGAGAGCAGACCCUGCACCUUGCCAGAACAGCACAAUAGAGCCAACUCUGUUACACAGGUGUGGGAGCCAGGCAAGGAGGACCUUUCUAUUGCUGCCCUGAUGGCCACAUUAUUAAUCAUUUUAAGUGUGGAGUUUAUUGUAGGAAUUUUAGGAAAUGCAUUCAUGGCACUGGUGAACAUCAGGGGCUGGGUCAAGAUAGGAAAGAUCUCUGUUGUGGAUCAGAUCCUUACUGCUCUGGCCAUUUCCAGGAUAGCUUUUCUAUUGUUAAUAAUCUCAAUCAUAUUGAUAUCUGCACUGUCUCCAGCUUUAUUGAGAACUGAAAAAAUAAUCAGAAUAACUAAUGCCUCCUGGAUACUGACUAAUCAUUUUAGCAACUGGCUUGCUACAUGUCUCAGCGUCUUUUAUUUUCUCAAGAUAUCCAAUUUCUCAAGCUCUCUUUUUUUUUUUUACCUAAAGUGGAGAGUGGAAACUGUGGUUUCAGUGACACUGAUGGUGUCUCUGCUCAUCGUCUUUGUAAACAUUAUAAUCAUAAACACAUAUAUAGAUGUCUGGGUUGAUCGAUAUAAGUUGAACACAUCUCACAGUUCUAUAACAAGUAAUUCACAACUUUAUAAACUUAUUUUACUUACCAACACUAUGUUCACACUUAUACCCUUUACUGUGUCUCUGAUCACCUUUUUCUUGAUCAUCUUCUCCCUGUGGAGACAUUUGAAGAAGAUACAAAACAAUGCCAAAGGCUUCCAAAACAUCAACAUCACAGCCCACAUAAAGACUCUGCAAAUGGUGGUUGCCUUCCUGCUACUAUAUACUGUUUUCUUUCUGGCACUUGCCUUUCAGUCUUGGAACAAUAAACCUCAUCAUAAAAAUACAGCCCAUAUGUUUUCUGUGGAUACUGGACUUGUUUUUCCUUCAGGCCAUUCAUAUGUCUUGAUUUUGGGAAACAGUAAGCUGAGACAAAGAUUUCUGUCCUUGAUGUGUUGGACAGAUCUUGGAGGAAUAGAUGAGCAAAAAAUUGAGACAGCUUUUGGCCAGCAGGCAAUCCCAGGUCCUCUCCUGGUUCUUGGAGAAUAUCAGGCUUAG